AUCAGAGGGCAGCGUGCUGCUGAACGCGUAUUUUGAACUGUGUACAAACGGAUUGGAGAGACAACAGACAGAGGGACGAGGCCCUGUAACUUGUCUAGGUGACAAGUUUUAAACUUUUCACCGAAAAUCGCAACACAAGCUGGAAUUGAAGAUGAGGAAAAGCGAGGUGCUCGCAGCAGAGGCUGUGUCGUGCCUGAAUAAAGCUCUGUGCCACCUGAAAGACAUCUGGGAGGAGAUCGGUAUCCCGGAGGACCAGAGACUGCAGAGGACCAAUGUUGUUAAGAACCACAUCAAGGGCUUACUCGACAUGAUGAUCAAAGAAGAGGAAUCUCUGAAGUCGAGGCUCAUCAGCAGCAUUCAAAUGUGCAGGGCGGAAAUGGAGAAGCUCUGCCUGGCACUUCAGCUCCCUGUGUUUGAGGAGGAGGAUGGUAUCAGCAUGCUGCAGCAGGAGAAGAACAUCCGCACACGUGUGGAGGCUCUGGUCAAGGAGAAGGCCCAGCGAAUGCAGCAGCUGAAGGUUCUGCUGGAGCAGGACCAGGACCUAUGUGACAUCCUGUGCUCCCUGCCAUACGGCAUCACUCCAGACUCUGUCCCAUCACUGCAACAACUGGAGAACUUCCGCCAGCACAUUGCCAACCAGGAGGUGGAGAAGGCCAAGCGGUACGCUGAGUUCACAGACCUGAAAAAACAAAUCAUCUUGUACAUGGGAGAGCUGGACCACAUCCCCGAGACCAGCUUUGAGAAGGACGUCGUCUGUGAGGAGGAGGAUUCCUUUUGUCUUUCUAGAGACAAUAUUACUUCCCUCAAGCUGCUUCUGUGUCAGCUGGAAGAACGAAAGACAGAGAUGGAGGUGAUGUGUGAGAGUCACCGAGAGAAGAUCCAGCAGCUGUGGGAAAGACUGCAGGUUCCUCAGGAGGAGAGGCAGGCCUUCAAUGAGCACAUGGUUGCAUCCAGGAAGAGGAAUCUGGAAGCGUUACAAGUAGAAGUUCAGCGUCUGGAGGAGCUCAAACUGCUGAACAUCCACAAUGUUAUAGACGCCAUCCGCUCUGAGAUUGCUGUGUUUUGGGAGAAGUGCUUCUUUAGCAUGGAGCAGCGUCAGACCUUUGCACCGUAUUUUAGCGAGGAUUUUACUGAAGAGCUGUUAAGUCUGCAUGAUGCUGAGAUCCAGCGCCUGAAGCAGCAUUAUGAAGAUCACAAAGAGCUUUUUGAUGGGGUUCACCGAUGGGAGGAAAGCUGGAGAUUCUUCCAGGAACUGGAGAAAAAAGCCAUGGAUCCGACAAGAUUCACUAACAGAGGAGGGAAUCUCCUCAAAGAGGAAAGACAGAGGUCUGAGCUGCACAAAAGCCUGCCCAAACUUGAAAAAGCUUUAAAAGCACAGAUUGAUGCAUGGGAAAAUGAUCAGGGUCGGGAGUUUCUGGUAAAUGGCCAAAAGUUUCUGCAGUAUGUGGAAGAACAGUGGGAGCUGCAUCGAAUAGAGAAAGAAAAGGAGAAACUAGAAAGGCACCUGAAGAAGAGCAGACAGACCGAGGAGGACAUGUUGUACGGUACAGCAGUACGAACCCCAGCCAAACGCAGGUUCCCUGGCACUGCUACUCCAAGUAAAUCUCGAAAGAUGGUAAACUCGUUCAAUGCCACGGCCAGUAUUUCCAGUGCCACCUCUAACAGCACCAUGCGCUCGAUCUAUGGUGGAACCAUCUGUCGCUCACCUGUGCCCCGCCCACCUCUGUCAGCAAACAAGGGUCCAGCAGCACGGACACCAGGUGGCUGUAAACACCCCCACCCACGACUACAAAGCUGUAACAAGGAGAACGAGGCCCAGUUGAAGGGGACCCCAUUGAGCGGUGCGUUGCUGACCCCCACUAGUCAACAGCGUAACUUCAGCGUAGCCUCUGUUGCCAGCACAUAUUCAGAGUUUGUGAGGGAGUUGGUCAACCCUGAUUCUGUUCAGUCAAGCGAGACCUGUCCAAGGCCUCUGACACCAAGAUCCAGCACGGCAUCCUGAACUCAACCACCACCAACCUCUGACCUCUACACUCUGGUGGCGGCUGCAUCAGAUAUAUCAUAGUACUUCCAGUGUGGCUGGAUCACUACCUUUCACUGCUCCCUGCUUUUAUAUGUCAAUGAAGGUAAUAUAUUGAGUGUUAAGUCGGUGAUGAACAAGGGACAAAGAAUCUGUUGUCAGCUGAGUCUUUGCCCCAUCUGUCACUGUAAGAGGAAAUGUAUGCUUGUAUCAUAAGUUAAACUAACACUACUUUGGCUCACUGACUUUGCCAGUGGUAAAUGUUGUUUGUAUCUUCUACUGCACAUUUUGUAAGAAACAAAAUGAAAGUUUAGCUUUCUGAGGUUAUGCAGUCUGGGGUUACAGGCUGAAUGUAUUGUAAAUACUUUGCACUUUUUCUUUUUUCUUUUUUGAACAAAUUUUAGAAAAUAUAUUUUAGCUUAUGGUAUCAUUUUUACACAGACUCACAGCUUUUUCCUAAUCUUGUUUGUGUACAUACUUCUCUCUGUUUGCUGGUGUCCUUACUGAAAUGCUGCUGUGUGACAGGAUGAAAGGGCUGUUAAAUUAUAUAUAUUGGAGCUGUAUAGAUGUUUAAAUCAUUCAAUACACUAUCAUGACUGAUUUGGAAAGGCUUGUUAAAAUAUAGUAAUGCAAAGCACAGAAUGGCAUACUGUGUUUACCAUUCUCUCUUUCAAAUGUAUGAAGCUUGUACUGCAAAACAAAAUAUCCAAAUUGUUCUCUUAUAUCAAGAAGCACAAAUACUGUUAAUUACCAAAUACAGUUCAACCGUAAGACGUGCACAUUCUGCAGCAUCUCUGAAAGUCCCUACUCCAGCUUGUUCUUCAGCAUUUUCACCAAUCCAGCCAGAUGUGUGUGAAGUCUGUCAUGUGUGAAAGAAUCUCAUUCAUCUGUUGACACAACAGUGUAGAUUCCACAAUAAAAGAUGUGGUUUAUGCA